AACUCAAGGUUAGCUACCAUAUGCUCAUUCUCCACCGUUUCCCACUGUAAAUCAAACUGCAAUUCCCAGGGUAUCAGAACCCAGAACUUAAAGAGGGUGAGGAUGCAGAAAGUGUUUUUGUUAGGUUUGAAAGAAUAGCUAAAACCUGGGGGUGGAGGCAUGAUGAGUGGGCUGCCAGAGUAGUGACCUUAUUGACUGGAAGGGCACUUGAAGCAUAUGCAGGCAUGGAUGAAGAGCAGGCAGAAUCCUACGAAUCUAUUAAAGCGGCAGUGUUACUCAACUACAACGUUACUGAAGAAACAUAUCGGCAUAGGUUUCGCAGCACCAUCGUUCCCAUGGGAGAGACUGUCAGAGAAAGUUAUAACCGACUAAAAGGACUGUACAGGAGGUGGAUGCGCCCAGACCAUCGCAGCAAGGACCAGAUUGGAGAAGUUGUCAUUCUGGAGCACUACUUGAGAGUGCUUCAACCUGAGGUCCGCAUUUGGGUAAAGGAGCACAAUCCUAAGACUGGGGAGGAAGCAGCAGAGUUGGCAGAGCGCUACAUGGCAGCACACCGGGAGCCCUACAGGAAGAAGGGGCCAACGGUUAAGUUCAAGCAUAAAGGCCACCGACCCAUUCACCCGGCAGACUUGGGUAACGCUGACAUUGGGGCUCGGAGACAGUUUGUAAAGUUACAACCAAAAGGUGACUAUUUGUUUCAACUGUCAACAACCUGGCCAUAAGGCUUCCAUGUGUCCUGUACGAAAACCCAAACCUGUAGAAUUUUGUUCAGUACCUAGAGCGGGGCAAGAACUAUUUCACAAGAAGGAAAUCAUUGUAGACAUAGACAUACAACCUCUGUAACUGUAAAUGGGCAAGUGGUAAAAAAGCACUGGCUGACACAGGCAGCAAUCAAACACUAGUUAAAGCUAGUUUAGUCAGUAGUGACUCGCUCAAUUAUGAGAAGGUUGUAAAUAUCACUUGUGUUCAUGGUGACAGUCAGGAUUAUCCCAUGACCAAUAUGACUUUUGGGAUUGAGGGACAAUUUUUCACACUUAAGGUUGAUGUAUUGAAGAAUUUGUAUUAUGAUGUUGUUUUGGGAGAUGACUUGCCUAUAUUGGACCGCGUUGUCCAGAAAAUCACCAAGAAUUUCCCAUGCAUGGCAGUCACUAGGUCUCAAACUAAAGGAUUGGAACCGCUACGUAAUCUUGAUGAUACACUUGUCCAAACAGGAGGCAAGGUAAAGAAAAGUAGCAGCGUAGGCAGGAAAAGAAUCGGGGAAGUGUUCCUACUAACUUCCCAAUACAAACCGGUACUGAGGACCCAGUCAUUAAACCUGAGUGGCAGAUUCCUAAGAAUUUUAGAGAACAUCAGAAAAAUGA